UUGCUUCAAGUGAGCGACCUGAGAAAGGGAACCGUCUUGCGGCCUGGCAAUUGAUUAGUCGUUUGCUGGCAUUUUCUUUGUCAUAAAGUGACAACGCGCGCACGGCGGCCGUGAUUUAUGGGCCUUUUGGGGAAUCCGUCCCGUUUCCGGUAUACGAAAGUGAAUACACCCGCGGAAAGAUAAGGCACCCGAAAUAAUGAAAUCGAAUUAUCUGCUACUGUUGGGGAUGAUUUAUUGCUGUUGUGUGAUCGCUGCCGAUGGGGCGACCGAUGAUGAAGAUGACCCUCUGGUGACGACACUUUCCCCGGCGGAGGAAUACAAAAACUAUCCGUACUGCUUUCGGUUCACCUGGCUGGGGCCAAAGUACAACAAGGACAGUCAGUACAAGAACGUGACGUGCGAAAGCCUACUGAAAAAGGCCAACGGGAUUCCGUGCUUUCAUCCGCUGGUGGUCACGAAUAAUAGCAACGUGCCCGAUACGGAGUACAUGUGGAACGAGUACAAAGACAAGCCGGCGCAAAUUGCGUGUCGGUUAGUGAGAGGCGAGGUGUGCGCGAGGUUCACCUAUCGAUACAACGGUGCAAUUGAAAACAUCACGUACAUGUGCGCCAAGAUGAACGUGGACAACGAAUCGUCAACGACUUCUACGUGCUAUACCGAGGAUCGAAGCGGUCGCGAGAUUGAGGUUUGCGUGUGUGAAUCCGCCGCUGGAAGGACGCCCUGCAAUCGGAGCAGCACCAUCCUGGCCCAGCUUGGACAACCCGUGGUUCUGAUUGCGUUGGCUCUGGUUCAACUGUUGACCCUUCGUGCCCUGUUUCCCUGCAAUCAGUGAAUAAAUUUGUAAGGAAUAUUGUUUCUAAAAAAGAUGACAUCAAUUAUCUAAUUUAAUCAGCGAUUACCAUAAAUUAGCAUGAACUACGAA